CUGUCAUUUAUCAUCUGUUUUUGUUUUGGCCAAUGUUGAACAGUGUUUAUUGUGAGCGACAUAUACAAGAUAUUACCAAAUUAAAUUUAUUCGAUGUGUUGCUAUAACUGUAAAUAAUAAAUUUAAUAAUGGGAAAUCAAUUAGUGGGCAUUGCCCCUUCUCAAAUAUUUCCAGUUGAGUGGUACUUAAAAGAUCAUCCAGAGCUGAAAUUUGAUUCAAGCUUGGGAAGCACUAGAUUUUUGAAAGUCGCUAAGGCCGAGUCUCAGGAAGGUCUUGUUGUUGUCAAAAUAUUUGCAAUUCAUGACCCAUCACUUCCUCUGCAAAGCUAUAAGGACCAUUUGGAGGAUAUAAGGAAAAAGCUUUCCGCUUCAGUGAACUGCACACCCUACCAAAAGUUUAUUCUUACUGAAAAAGCAGGUCUAAUUAUGAGGGAAUAUGUAAAGUACAGUUUAUAUGAUAGAAUAAGUACAAGACCAUUCUUGACUGAUAUUGAAAAGAAAUGGAUCACUUUCCAAAUUCUCUACGCAUUACACCAAUGCCAUAAAGUUGGAGUGUGUCACGGCGAUGUUAAAUUAGAAAACAUUACAGUCACAUCAUGGAAUUGGGUUAUGCUUGUAGAUUUUGCAUCAUUUAAACCUACUUUUCUACCUAUUGAUAACCCUGGAGAUUAUUCCUACUUUUUUGACACUUCUCGAAGGCGAACAUGUUAUAUUGCUCCAGAAAGGUUUUCUAGUUCUGCAACUUUAACUUCAGACAAUGCUUUGCUGUCUGAAAGUAUGUGCGAUUCAGGUGAUUUGACUCCAGCUAUGGACAUUUUUUCUGCAGGCUGUGCUUUAUUGGAACUUUGGAAUGAGUUACAUUUUCCAUUUGAUUAUUCCCAGUUGCUUUCCUACCGGGCUGGAAAAUACUCUCCCCAAAAACACCUGGACAAGUUAGAGGAUCCAAAUUUAAGGCUACUGAUUUCCAGUAUGAUUGAAAAGGAACCUAGCAAGCGACUAUCUGCCGAAGAUUACUUGGCCAAGCACCGGGGAAAGCUUUUCCCUGAAUAUUUUUAUUCUUUUCUUCAAUCUUAUAUGCUUAUAUUUUCUGCCAAUCCUAUUUUGUCUCCUGAUGAAAAGAUCUCAAGACUAAAAGGGGAUAUUGGUAAUAUAUUUAAGUUUUUGGGUCCUGUUAAAAUGUGUACAUCGGAGGAAAUGGAAGACGAAGACAAAAAAGAUGCAGAAAAAUCUCCGAAAGGCGAGUGCGAGGGUUUAGUAAUCAUAAUGUCCUUAGUAACUUCCUGCAUAAGGGGCCUCCACGAAUGUUCAUCCAAAUUGCAUAGUUUAGAAAUUUUGCUAGAGUUGGCCACACACGCUAGCGACGAGACAAUACUGGAUAGAAUAUUGCCAUGUAUUAUGUACCUUGCGCAUGAUAGCAACUCCAGGGUAAAAAUUUCAGCGGUGAACACGAUCACAAAGUGUUUGGAACUAGUUACAAAACUGCCUACAUCAGAUGCAAAUAUUUUUCCAGAGUAUAUUUUACCAGAAUUGGCUCAGUUGGCUACAGAUCCAAACACGUGUGUUAGAGCUGCUUAUGCCAAAAAUAUCAGUUCUUUGGCUGAAACAUCUUUGAGGUACUUAGAUCAUAUUCAAAACAACUGGUAUGGAGAAAACAGCAGUUCCAAACAAGACGAUGAGCACUAUUUUAAUUACGAACUGGAAUUGCAAGCUCUGCACGAAAUGGUGCAACUGACUGUGAGCUCUCUACUUACAGACACUCAGAGCAUAGUCAAACAAGCAUUGUUGAAUAGCGGGAUUAAUAAACUCUGCGUGUUUUUUGGAAAAACCAAAGCGAAUGACGUCAUUUUAUCGCAUAUGAUAACAUUCCUAAACGACAAGGAAGACACCCAGCUGAGAAAGUCGUUUUUCGAUUGCAUAGUGGGCGUUGCCUCAUACAUCGGCUGGCAUUGCUGCGGUAUUCUAACCCCACUUUUAUUACAAGGCCUAACAGACAGUUCAGAAUUUGUGACAAGGAAGGCAAUCAACGCAAUGGCUACCUUGACAGAGUUUAACCUCAUUAGCACUCCAUCUUUGUGUGAAUUGGCGGUCGAGUGCUCCUACUUCCUUGUACAUCCCAACUUGUGGAUCCGCGAAGCGGUAACUGGUUUUAUUUCGAAAGCUGCUGGCAAACUUUCAUCCCUAGAUGUGCAGUGCAAGAUAAUGCCUCACUUGAAUGCAUAUAUGAAAUAUUCUCUGAUACAAAUUGAUAAAUCAGAAUUGCUGUUAGAAUCCCUUGUAAGUCCUAUACCGAGAAGUGUAUAUGACAACAUAGUCAACUAUAAUGACAUUAAUCUACUUCUAGAACUGUUGGAAGAUAGAAAAAAUAUAAGAAACUGUUUAAACAACGGAAAAAUCCCCAGUUACGACUUUUAUAGGGACACCGUUCCUAGCCUGAAAACUUUGUGUCGAAGACUCGAGGCAAAUGGCAUGAAUGAAACCACCGAAGAGUACAUCUUGAAAAUGGGCCAUCACUUGAGGAAAAUAAACAAGCACAGAAGCAACGCGGACGCCAGGUUCAGACAAAACGAGGGUAAAUAUGAUGUGGACACUACCAGUUGCACAGUGCGCAGUCGCUUGUUCAACUUAACCGAUUCCCACAAAGCCGAUUACAUAUCCAACAGAAGUCUUCACCGUACCAAUACUUUGGGCUCCAUCGAUACCAACGUGAACUCGGAUUGGAACUAUAGCGCCGAAGUGUUAACGAGGCAGUCGGAAUCGACAAAUUCGGGAGGGCCCUCGUCUAGGUCUACUUCAAGCAGACCAUCGUCGCCGCCACCUGAUAAUCACAACACACAAUUCGUCAGCACCACCACCGAUGCAUCUAGCUUGCACGAAAAAUCUUAUAUUCAGUAUAGGAGACCCACUUGUUACAUAGAACUCACGAAACUGAAGAACAUCCAACAAGACCACUAUUACGAAGCGCUGAGGAGCAAAGAGUGGGCGGAACAAGCGGCUUGGAAACCGCAACUACCGCCUCCCGGGUGGCACCCGCGGGGUAUAUUGGUGGCACACUUGUACGAACACAGGAGCACAGUCAAUAAACUAUGCCGGUUAACGGACUCGCCAUUUUUCGCCAGCUGUUCAACCGAUGGUUCCGUCAGGUUAUGGGAUUGUUCAAAAAUAGAGGGCAGGAAUGUGGCGAACAGAUCGAGGCAGCAAUACAAAAUGCCAAACAAUUCCGGGGUGACUGGCAUGGCGGUCUGCGAGAGCGGACAGUCGUUGGGCGCGUCGUGCCAGAAUGGCACUAUUAAUGUACUUCGAAUCGACCCCGCUAGUACCAAAAUGAACCUGAUACAGUCGCGUCAGUUGGACUCGUACGACGAAGGAUUCGCCGUCGAAGUCCAGUGCCUCGAUUCGGGCUCCCAAAGCGUUUUAGUUUACGCUACCUUGUACGGAAAGCUGAUCGGAUGGGAUCUGCGUCAACCGGGCAUCGCGUGGUCAUUAGACAACGGCCUGAGGCAAGGCGUGAUAACCACGUUUUGCGUGGACGCUCACCAUAGCUGGCUAGCAUUGGGCACUAGUGACGGUGUCCAUACCGCAUGGGAUCUCCGCUUUCACCUGCCGAUUACCACUAUUACGCUUCCGUCUAGCGGUCAAGCGACUAGAAUAAGGAAAGUGAUCAGUCAUCCCACGGAACACUCUUGGAUAAUGUCGGCGGUGCAAGGGAACAACGAAAUAUCCAUGUGGAACUUAGAGACUGGAUCGAGGCAGAAAGUGUUGUGGGGUAGUACCACGCCUCCCCUGUCCAAGCUACAUCACAGCGCCCAAUCUGCGAGUCACAGCGUUUGCGCCAUGGUGAGCGGGUGUAUCGAUAGGUCGCCGUUCGUCUUAGCAGGCGGUACCGACCAGCGAUUGAGGUUUUGGAAUUUAGAAAGUCCGUCUGAAUCGUACUUGGCUAUACCGGCAGCCAGUGAUCCGCUCGGCACCACUUUGAGUUACCACAGCAGACUGAUAGAUGGUACAGACGUAAUUUACGAGGAAGCGGGUAACGUAAGGAUGAAGGACAAGGGCGAGGAGAUUCCAAGGGCCGGUCCGGAACCCCCAGCUGCUGGUCACAGGGACUGUAUUUCGGAUGUGGCCUUGUGCAAAGCGUCGCAGUGUUUUAUAGUGACGGCGUCGAGAGAUGGCGUAAUAAAAGUUUGGAAAUAGGCGUGGUCCUACAGGGUGCAGUGAUUUCAAUGUUGUCCAUUUAAUGCCACAGAUUUACAGUGAUUUGGCAAGUAGUGUGGUCAUUUAAAUUACAUAGCUAAUUUAUUUAUGUAAGAUUUUUAAAGUUAUUAUUUACAGAUAAAUCAGCCCUCUUAUUUAUAUAACUUUACAUAUUACAGUCAAUUGUGUUUGUGAUAUCUUCUUUUCUGUUCAGUAAUCUUUAACGGUUAUGUCAGCAGCCAUGCCAUUUUUAAGAAAAUAAAUA